CAAAACGACGUGCGAUUCCCUUAAAGAUGAACGACGCACUAAAAUAUACCCUGGAUGUACAAGAGGGCAAAGUCAUUUUCACUGUUCACGUUCCGGAAUUAGAUGUCGAACACGAGGAUGCCCUCAAGUUGGAGGUAUUGGGUCGAGAAAUCGUGUUUACAGCGCCGCCCUACCAUGUGCGAGUUCCCCUUGAGAACGAAGUUGUCUUGACAGAGGAAGUAUUUCCCGAGAAGCUAAAUUAUGAAAAAAGUAUAAUUACGUACCACAUACCACUAAAGAAUGUGUCUAGCGAUAGUUCCGUUCCAGAUCAAAAUCUUUUUAGCUAUGGAUUUGCAAACUUCUAUAGCGGUACACUCAAUAUUCAAAACAGUCAAGACUUUCGCACCUUGUCAAAUCCGGAAAAGUUCUCCAACGCAGCUCGCAGAGCUCAACGUCUAGCUGGCGAAAGUGCCGAUUUCAAUGGCGAUCACUAUGGAAUGGACCACGUUCAAUACUUGAUCGACGAGUUCGGACUGAAUUUAAACUGCAUACCAUGCUCCGGUAAGACAUUACUAAGCGAUCAACAACUACGCCAGAUAAAACUAAUCGUCGAGGAGAAAAAGCGAACUUUGGAAAAGUACCAGAAUCUUGAAAUUGACAAACCAACAAUUUUUAACUUGCUGGGUAUCGUGUUAUCUGUGAUAUAUGACAAAGUUAUUAACGGUAACGAUUUGAACGAAGCGAUGUCUCACGUGAACAUUCACCGAUUGUCUCCAGCUUUGAGCUAUUUUGAAGAUAUCGAAAGCAUAGAAAGCGUUUUGAAGGUGUUCUAUCGUCGAAUUUGCAUUUAUCCUUUGUACAGAAGUAAAAAUCUAGCCGAACGAUGUGUUCAAAUUUUGAUAGCCGGGUUGAGAGAAGACGAUCCUAGAGCAUGGAUAUUAGAUAAGCUUUUGUACGCAUACGAUGCGUUUAAGAAAAAUGACUGCGCCAUUUUGAAUCACUAUUUUAUCAAGGACUUCAUUCGAAUGGUGCACUUAUGUUCGAUCGAAACGGAUAUUCAUGAAUGUUUUGAACAACUUGAUAAGCAACUGCCUAAAAUUCACAGCAAACCGUUGGGAUUCGGAGAGGAUAACAUCGUUAGGAGGGUGAUCAAGGAGGUUCUGGAUAUUGACGAUGACAGUACCGACUCUGAUGACUCUUCAGAAUCGGAAGAUGAAAGUGAAGACGGCAGCAGUGAGUCGUCCUCGGAAAGCGAAGCGAGUGAUAUUAUUGAGGUUGUACCGAAGAAAACUGAGGACAGCGUGUUGGAUCGGUUGAUGAAUUUGAAAAUAGAACCGUAACUAUGCAUCUGCACUCAUUCAUCCGCUUCAAAUGAUCACCACCCACUCACCUUAAAUCGAAGUUCACCGACGGGAGGUUUGGCGUACGGAAUCCCCUGAAAGCUGAGGUAUUUCUGUCCCAAUAAGGA